AUGGGACAGUUUAGUUCGACCUCUCUGCCGAAAGAGAGUGAUCUGGUGUCUGGUGUUUUGAGAGGAAGCCCGGCACUCCAGAGACGCUACGGAUACGCUACGGAUGUUAUCCGACCACUUCGCGAAUGCGAGUUCGAGUCAGACAACCAGAACAUCCUCCAAGGGCGUCAACGUCACCUUCAAUACCAGAGUAUGCAAAACAAGUUACCAGAUACUGCGUCAUUUGAAAGUAUUCGACCAAGCCUUCUAAAAUUAUCUCGGGAACAAUCUUUCACUUAUUCCCAUCAUCUGCAUAUGUUUAUUAUGAGACCAGGGAUGAGUGUAGGGUAG